AUGAAUCAGGGUUUCCGUGUUUUCCCUGGAAAGAUAUUUUCUAAUUCUACGACUGUUUAUAAACGAAAAAACGCCGCGGAACUAGCCUUAGUAAUAUGCUCUACCAUAGACAGAUUCAAAUCUAACCCCACUCCGAGAUUUUUGACAGGUAGGAAACACGACGUCAAAAUUGCUCGUCGCAGCCUAACUGCCAACCGGAGCGACUCAGUUAAUCGAGGAGAAUCCGACGCUGCAUUCAGGAAGUACGUGACCUCUAUUGUUACUGAGUCCAUAAGAACCCACUGCCUCUCCCCUGGUAAAGUUUGCGUGGCAGGACCUCGGGGUCUAAAAGGAACUCCGGGAAAUCGCGGUAGACGCGGUCCAAGGGGAUCUAAUGGAAAGACGGGAACGAAAGGAGUUAUGGGACCACCUGGCAAAUCUGGUAAACAAGGAAUGAAAGGAGAUGUUGGGAAUCCUGGAAUGAAAGGAGAAAAAGGCGACAAAGGAGUUCCUGGACUUCCGGGACCUAAAGGUGAACCAGGCCAGUCCAUAGCUGCUCCAAACAUAAAUGUAUCUCCUGCCUCGCUCACAAUCACAGAGAACCAGACCGCCACGUUCUACUGCUCAGCCUACGGUAACCCAAAACCAACAGUAACUUGGUGGAAAAUGAAUAGCGCAGGACAAGUCAAUAUAAAUAGUCAGGAUGCUAGGCUGCAGAUUAAAAAUGCCAAGUAUAAUGAUUCCGGAAGCUACGUUUGCACGGCCACUAGUGUUCUCGGAAAAGCUCAGAAGGCGGUGAAAUUUACUGUUGAAGUUCCCCCAAGAUUCAUCCAUACUCCAGAUAGGUUGAUAAAAGUCCUGGCAAACUCAGUUGCAUCUGUUCGUUGCCGUGCUAUUGGUUUUCCGCCACCAACUAUAGCUUGGUCAAGAGGAUUUGUCCCGUUACCACAAGGCCGGACCUCCAUUACUAAGAAUGGUACCCUUAACAUCGCCAACUUUGGUCCUCUAGACGUUGGUACAUAUCAGUGUAAAGCCAGCAACAAGCUUGGAUCUGUCACCGUUCUGAUUACCUUACAUUAUAUUCCACCAGGGCCUCUGCAGGCCUCAACUAUAUUAGCGGGCAAUUUAUUCUAUCAACGUCACCUAAAUCAGUAUCUGAAACCUGCAGUCGGAAGCUAUCCCAAUUUCUUGCUUUGUUACCGCGCCUCCACUCACGGGUGGUUAGCAAGUACCUUCCACAGCAGGUGUGAUGGGAAACGGGACACAGUCUCCAUCAUAAAAGUAGGACACUACGUGUUUGGAGGAUACACAGACAUUUCCUGGGAGUCCAGUGGAGGCUGGACAAGUACUUCCGAGGCGUUCAUAUUCUCUCUCCGAAAUAAAGAAGGACUAGCACCAUUCAAGAGUCUGGUGACUAAUCCUACAUAUGCUAUCUACAGGCUGGCAGUUUAUGGUCCGACAUUUGGGCUUGGUCACGACAUUUGUAUCCGAGAUAAUGCAAACAGUAACACAAGAUCCUACACACUUUUUGGCCAUUCUUAUUCAGUCCCAAGUGGGGUAAAGGACAGAAAAACAAUCCUGGCUGGGACUUACCACUUCACACCUGAUGAGGUGGAGGUUUUCUAUCUCCGUUGAAUCAUCACUGUCAUCAUAACUUCAUCGUGAAUGCCAGUAAAAAUAAUACCAUACUUGAAUUCAAUACACCAUUUGGCUUGAUUGCCUGACAAGCAGACCUAUCAAAUUAGUCUCAAGCACCCAUGUUUUCUUUUUCUUUAGCGAGAGGGCGGUCUCGUUUGCUGUUUUCCUAAAUAUUUCGAUAUAAAAAAGGUUGAAGGGGCUUAAUCUGACUGUAGUUUGUGAGUCUUGACUUAUCAAUGAUAGGUAAAAAUUCAUAAGGUUUGACAAUUUUUUGAUUUUUACUGCCUAAUUUAUAAGUGAGAAACGAAAAUACUCCCAGAAACUUCCAAAGACUAUCUACUUGGGUGAGAUAGAGAGUUCAACACUUCUUCAAGACGUUUUAGAUUCUAUUCCAUACAACUGAUACAUUGAUACGUGCGUAAAACUAGAUUCUAAUCUCAGAAUUAGAGACACUUGAUUCGAUUACGUAAUCUUAGAAGGGUCAGUACACUUCUAUUUUAAAAUUAGAUAAGUAUAACUAGGAAAAAUAACCUAGUUUGAGCCGAUUUCCUUAAAAUAGUCGUAAAUGAUGAUCAACUGAGUUUUUUUUAAAUACAGCUAAGGUAGAGAUGUAACCAAAUAUCAAAGGCGGGCUGAAGGGAAUAAAGGAUAACACUGGUAUAACUCUCUUGUCGCAUUCAGUUUCAUAAACACCAUUUUCCUUAGCAUCUUAGCUAGGAGGUGAACGUUCAAGAACAAUGAAAAAAUUAGAAAUUAUCUUCUAAAGUCUCCGUUGUUGCUGUGACAGUGCAGUCAGUCCUUAGAAUAAAAGUACUU